AUGACGGGAUUCUUGUGGACGGCAAAGUUUGUGGGCCGAAUCCCAUCGCUGGCAGUGGCGAUGAGCCAAAGGUUCACCAAGGCAGGGGCGUCACAGGUGGUGGAGUACGACGUGGCGCUAAAGCACUUCAAUGGCCAUAUCCACAAGAUCAUUAUGAAGAAGGCCACUCUAGACUGGCUACCCUUCGUGCCUGGUUUCUCAUUUUGGGUCCCGCCGCGACCAUCGCCCACCAACGUCGUCGACCUCGUCCACAAACUCACCCGCGAAGAUGAUCGUCCCCACGAUUUCCCUCUACUCUCCACCCUCCGCGGUUGGCCCUCGUCGAAUUUCUUCAUCAAUGUUGACUACCUUUCUCUCAAAAUCUCGUUUUUUGCCCUUUUGUCCAGUGAGUCUUUGGAUAAACUAUAA